AUGGAGGAAGUGUUCCGUUUUUACUCGAACUCUAGAAAUAUCUUCAUUCAUAAAAGCCUUUCAUUAAAACCAUCCACCAUUGAUGACCCCAAAAGUGGAUAUGGCCUUUUCGUAGAACCUUCGAAGUUCAAGAAUGAUGAAUUGAAAAGUGAAACUAUCCAAUUGCUCCGAAUCCCUAAGCGCUGCACGUUUAAUAUAAACACACUUCUGGCUCUCUUGGGAGAUGAGGACGAAUUUUCUUCAAAGGAAGAAUUUCAAAGAACUAAUGACAAAAUUAAGAUUGCUCUUCGUGAAAUAAUGGCUCAUCCGAAUUUCAGUGUGUUCCUGACAGAAACAAAUUUACUCAUAAUUUAUUUCAUGAUAUUUCAAACUAUUCGUAGUCGUUAUGAGAUUCCCGAAAAUAUCCAAUAUUAUUUAGAAAAUGUUUUAAUGAGCAUUGAAGUAGAAACAGCCAUGGAUUCUAUUGAAAACUUAGCUACUGAUUAUGGACAUUAUCCACAGAUUUUUGGCCUUCGAGAGACGCUAAAUUUAUUUAAAGAACUGUUUCACGACGUCUUGAAUUUAAGUGAUAUCAAACAUCUUUAUUCUGCAAUAAUUUCACGUUGUUUAGAGAUACCAGAAAGGGCCGAUACCAAAAGUGAAGAAUUCACGGUCCAUUCUACUUUAGUCCCUAUUGUAGAUUUUGCCAACCAUGAAGGCACCCAAAAAAAUGCUUAUUUUGACAUCGACCCUUCAAAUAAUGACGUUUUACUUCUAUUGGAUACAAAAGCGGUCCAAAGUGAACUCACAAAACCUAUUGAAGUUUUCAUUAGUUACUCACCAACAGAGGAUUUAUUUUCCAUGCUUGUAACAUAUGGAUUCACCCCAGAUUUUAGAGGGAAUUCCCAAUUUUGGACUGUAUCCUUUGACAGGUGCUUUUUAAGAAACUAUGAUGGACCAGAUAAAACUACAAAUUUAAGAUUGUUUUACAAAUGGAUGCACAUAAAUCCAGUGGUACCACUAGUUAAAUACGAGCACAACGGAAAGACUCGCUGGUUUCUCAAUGACACCACGCCUGAAUUUGAUAUGCUUUUGCUCCCAUUCAUUCCAUCGAUAGAUGAUGGCAAAAUUGCUCGGUGGGCGUACGAUUCCACAUGUCAUUUGAUGUUCACGAAAAUCCAUUGUCUGAUAAAUCCCGAGGCCAACGAACAUGCGUUAAUGAUUGCAGAAAACUACCGCUCUCUCAUUAAAGAGAAAGAGUCAAAUGGUGACGAUUUCAUAAAUUUACCGCCACUAGCUUGGUCAUUGCGUUACAAAGAUACAGAAAACGAUUGUGUACGGCAAAGACAUAUAUGCAGUGAAGAUGCGGUCGCUGUACUUAAACAAGAAGAAAUGCAAGACUCAACCAAAACCAAAUCCCAGUUUACCAGUUUCUUUCGUAAAUUUUUAGAGUUUCGUAGAUCCAAAAUUAUUAGGCCUACCAGUGAUUCAAAAGUUGCAAGCAUAUUAUACCAGCAGGAACUGGAAAUAAUUGCUGACUUAGCAAAAGCUAUCGAUAGCAGCUCUACCAUUUUUUUCAGCGAUCUGAAUGUUACAUUGGACACCGAACCAGAACGGCUCCCCCCUCUAAGGUUUUUAGAUGAUUACAUAGAGAUCUCUGCGGAUAAGCAGGAGCCAAGCCCAAUUUGUGAGGAUCUUUCUUAUUAUACACCCAGCAGGUUUACUGAUUUUUUUCAAGAAGAGGUAAGCCAAUAUGCGGCUUUCUUUCAGGAUGACUAG